AUGGCAAAGGAGGACUUCAGUGAGGCUUGUUCUUCUGAAACUGAAUCAGAUGAUGAGAAUGGAGAAUCAGGUGAAGAGUGUACUUCGGAAUCAGAAGUUGAGGAUGAAAAUGAUGCGACCAAUGAGGAUGAAUGGACAAGCAGUGGUGAGGCGAAAGCAGAAACCAGUGAUGAUGAUGAAGUUGAUCUUCAGGCUUCCGCUGAGGCCUUGAAGAAGCUUGUUCCCCACAACCUUGAAGAUUUUGAGAAGAGAGUCUCUGGAGAAUCAGAAAGUGUCACCGAAUCAUCACAAUCAGAGGCCAGUGAACAUUCUGACAAAAGGCAAGGGUUUAAGCCACCUCCAGAACUAAUCUAUGUGGUGUGGGGAAACAAGUCUUCUGUGCAUAUACCAAAGUGUAACAUGAUAAGGCCUAGUGUUGUGGCAUACUUGAUAUUUAACAGAGUUUAUCCAAAUUAA